AUGGCCAGGGAAGGAGAAAAAGCGGGAUUGAAUCAGAAGAUCCCUGUUGACAUCAUCUAUUGUAGUGAGACGGAUGUCGUGCAUGUUGAGCCGCACUUUGCUUCGCCGGAGCCCCUUCAGCAGGACCCAGACUUUGCUUCGCUGGAGCCGGAGCCGUUGGAGCCGGUGCUGGAAGAGACAGAGACCUCAGAGAUCGGGAUAGAUCCCGACACUGCAGAGGGGGACACCAAUGACGACAAUGCAGAUCCUUAUGACACCGGGACCGAGCCCCAUGCAGCGACCGUGGAGACUGUGGAGACCGUGGAGACGCUGGAGACGGAGACCCAUGGCCGUACCGAGGUGCCUGCGAACGACGAACUGGAGACAGAAGCACCAGUUCCACCGGACGCUGUCAAGGAGGAAGCCCCGGAGGCUUCGGGCGAGUCUCUGAAGGAUGAUGAGAAGUGCUCCGACGGCGGCAUUGCCGCUGUAGCAGCUGUAGCGGCUCAGGAUGCUGAUGCCAAUGGCUCCGACACGGGUCCCUUGGACAUCAGCGACGCGCAGACCCUGCUCUGCGAGGAGCUUCCGGCGCGAGAGACGACCGGAAGCGUUCUGGCGUCGGAGGCAGCUGUCGACGCGGUGCACGCUGUGGAGUCUUCGGUGUCGAAGGCAGCGGACAUCGAGCCGACAGAGGUGCCAUUGCCGUCGGAGACGGUCCUGGUGCCGGGAUCUCCGACCUCCCAAGGCCGGAGCCCAAUGUCGAAGAUCCCCGAGGCCGUUUUUUAUGAGGUGCCCCUGAUGCCGCCAGAGACCUUCUUUGAGCCUGCCGCCCUGGAGCGGUUCAAGGAAGAGGCGAUGUCUGAAUAUUCCGAGCUGCUGUCAUGGCUCCUCAGUCCUUUGGAUUGCGCAGAUCCAGAAAAGGCCCUGCGACGACACCAGGAGGAGGAGGAAGAGGAGGCCGAAUGUCGAAGCACCGUGCUUCGGGUUGCAAGGCGGCAGAUGUGGCGUGAGCGCAGCAGGAUCAAUGGGAGCCAAAGUCGGACAGAGACCAAGGGAGUUAUGCCUCAGGGGCAAGAAAUGAGAAAGCUGCAGUCGCAGUUGGCAGAUAUGAGAGAAGAAGUGAGUGCGCUGGUUGAAACAAUUGAUGAGCGGAAGGCGGAGCUGACUGGGAUUCUGAAACAGCAGCAGGAGAUGCGAGGUGAAGUCACUACGUGGAACACUCGCGUUACGGAGUUGGAGGCGCGUGCAGUGGACCAACGCAUGGCUGGGAAGGUGCUGGCACCGCAGCAGGCUCCCGUGAUCUUUCGCGCUGAGUCUUUACCUGCCCUUUGGAAGGCGCCAUCGCCUGCACGAGACUCAGAGGCAGCCUACCCAAAUGCGUCUCCCAUCCCAGCCUGGGCCCAACGUGCCUGGGCGCCCACCAUGCCAUCCACGCCUUCACCGGUGCCACAUGCCAUCUCUCCUUCCAUCUCCUCCCCUGGCGGUCCAGCUCCUGCCAUGCCACUACCUGUGCCCAGCCCAGGGCGCACUGUGGCUGGGCUGUGCAGCCCGGGAGGCAUUGGCUCACCCCCCUGUCGCGUGGUCAGCUGGUCACCACGCAGCCCGUGGAGUCCUGUGGUCCCUGUAGGUGGCAGCGCUCUUCUACCGCCUCGGGUGGCAGGGUCUCCUCAGCAACAUCCGCAUGCGCAGCAUGCGCAGCUGCGGCCGGGCAGUAUGGUGGUUCCUGCCGGCAGCCUGCAACUUCCACCUGGCCAACCGAAGGCUCGGAUGGUCACAAGCUUCAGCACAGGCACCGCAAAGUCCGGUGCGUCCAGGAGCUCCGUCCAGCCCAUGCCAGAGUUUCAGGCGGCGCUGUCUUUUGUUGUACUCGUUUUGCAACUGGAAAGCUGCCACGUACGAUUGGAGUUUAAGCACUUUUCCUUCAAUCUCGAAUUGCCAUUAGGUGGGAUGACCAUCUUUCGUGGCUCACAGCAUGAUGGUGGGCUGCCAAAACGAUCAAAACGCUUGGGCGAAGGGACGCGGUUGGAGCGCUGCAGCAGGGUGCCACGGAUGGAGCCAGAUCCGCCCAUGACGGCUUCUCCGAAGCUUCCAGGGCCAAGUGCUCGAGAUGUUUAUCGCCACCCGCUUGAGCCAUCGCAGAGGACGGACGCUUCUAUGCAGGAAAUCGAACGCUUGUUGAAGGUGAACCAUGACCUUCAGCAACAGGUGGCACAAAAGGUGCCCGAAGCUCCAUGGUCUUUGAGCCCAGAACGGCCAAGGGAAGUUCCAGGGAGCCGUUGCCAGGCUGCCCUGGCAGCUCUCGAACCGGUUGCACUUCCCGAGCGCUGCGGGCAGAGCCUUUUGGCCAGCUCUAGAGGUUCCAACCUUCCCGACAUGAACCGUUGGGAGGCCUUUGGCUCCCUGACGGCGGAGAAGGAGGCGUUAACGGGCAAGUUGAAGUCAGAGGAGUUGUUACAGCUGGAGUCGGUUCGCUUGGCCACUGAGGCGGAGGUGUGCACCAGGCAUCACACGCGUCGCGGGGCCGAAUCCACCGGGGGCGCCAUGUGCGACUACGUCGCUCCAACCAGCAGCGUCACGAGCGCCAACCCCAAGGCCAGUCGCUCCUCAGUGGAUGAGCUGCUCAUGACAGCAGCACGGGAGAGUGCAAAUGCACCAAACCGAGCACUGAAGCGGCGUGUCCGUCAACGCUUGCACAAAAAGCUUGGUGCGAUCCUCACUUUGGAGGAGUUUGAGAGGGCAAAGGAGCGUUUCCGUAGCAUGGAAGAGCAACAGUCGGGACGCUUGACGUGGCAUAGCAACGAGGCCAAGCCCAAAGUCCCCGCAAGGGUCGGCUACACCAACUCGAUGCCAUCGCAGCUGCCGCCACCAAUGGGCCUAGGAAUCCCUGCCUGGGCCGAAUCGUUUCCAGAGCCUACCAUUCCUGUGAGUGCUCUGCCGGCCUUCUUACCAGUCAGGGAGGUGGUGUUUCCAGGACAAGCUUGGUCUCCAGAGGAGCCAAAUAUGCAAGUGUUGGAAAAGACCUUGGAGCUUCUAUGGCGUGGCGAGCAGGAAGAUGAUCAGCAUCCCUUUGUGGAUCAAGGACUCAUGAGGUCGAGCUCCCAAUGAGCGUGGCCCAAUGUUUGUGGCUUUGGCAUCUGCGACCAACAAGGAAAUCUGAC